AAAACAUAAAAAGCCACCAUUCUCUCGCAGUUUAUCUGUCUUCAUUUAUUUUGCAAAAACAAAAGAAACCCACAAGCCUGCCUACUUUGUCUUUAGAAAUGAUGAGAGCUUAACUAAUUUUAAAAGCCCCAUUUGGACUAUUGUCUCCAUUUUUUAGGCACUGGGCAUCCUCCAUUACACAAACCUCUGUCUGUCAACUUCACUUUGCUGUUCAAGAAUGGCAGUUCACAAAAACUAAACUUCGAAACAGCAAAAGCGCUGAUCUUGCCGCACUUUUUCAGGUCGAAGAUCAUCUAGUUUCAAUACUUGAACAGUGCAACCAGACUAUUUUCUCAAAAGCUCUAGAAUGCUAAGUAGAUUCUCAGUAAACCAUUCAACUUCAGAAUGAAACCAACCAUUGAUCUUGAAGUGGAGGCCUCUUCAGAAAAUGAUUCUGAGAUUAGCAGCCAAGUAGCUUCCAACUUAUCCACCCACGAAACCUCAGCCGGUCCCUCCAAUGACAGCAUCACUAAUUCUUCCAAUUUCACAAAUGCCGUAGCUGCUCAUCAAUCCGGUUCAGAACCCGUUUCGCUCGACUUAACCCUUUGCUUCAAGAAUGACGAAAUGGGAAGAAGGGACUCAGCAGGAUUCUCAUUGUCGAGCACUAGCGAAAGUAGCAAUGAACCUCCCUCACGUACUACUGCAGCAGCCAUACCGCGAGUCUUUUCUUGCAACUACUGUCAACGAAAAUUCUUCAGUUCACAGGCACUUGGUGGUCAUCAGAAUGCACAUAAGAGAGAAAGAACACUAGCGAAACGGGCAAUGAGAAUGGGUAUAUUCUCCGCCGAGAGGUAUGUCAGCUUGUCAUCUUUGCCGUUACAUGGAUCGUCAUUCCGAAAUUUGGGAAUCAAAGCACACUCUUCAGGGCAUCAAAACUUUGCAUCGUCCCUAAGGCCACAAGAGAUUAGAAGUAGUGCUAGAUUCGAUCAGGGAUAUCUCGGUCUGCCAAUUUUCGUGGACGAAGACGAGGCAGAACUAUUAUGGCCGGGUAGUUUCCGCCACGUAGCUGCAGCGGAUAAUACACAUCAUCCGAGCUUUUUACUCACAGGAAACUCAAAUAUCAAUUUUUUGGAAGCAACUCCAUCAGCAGAGUUGGACAAUUCAACACCAGACCUGACAUUGAAACUGUAGCUCCUUGAGAAGACGAACACUCGACUUCUCUGCUCUAAAAUAUCGUCUCUUUUGUAUAGCAGGACGCAGAACCACCACGGAUCAGCUUUUUAAUUCUUAUAAAGCAGUUAGUUUGCUAUCUGAUCUUGACUUUGAUGUUGUGAUAUGCAAUGUUAGUGUAUAAGAAGAGCCCUAAAGCUUACAGGGAUAAAUUUGAAUGUUUUAUAAUUGUUAUGAAUUGAAGAAGGGGUGCUUUUCAUUAA